AUGGCUCCUUAUGAGGCUCUUUAUGAGCGAAGGUGUAGGUCUCCUAUUGGUUCAUUUGAGGUUGGUGAAGCUGAGUUGAUAGGUACAGACUUAGUUCAUCAAUCCAUGGAGAAGAGAGUUGGCAAUGUGGCUUAUGAGUUGGAGCUACCAUCAGAGUUGGCAGCAAUCCGUCCGGUAUUUCAUAUCUCUAUGCUAAAGAAGUGUUUGGGCGAUCCUUCACUUAUUGUGCCUGUCGAGAAUAUUGGUAUCAGGGACAAUCUAUCUUAUGUAGAGAUUCUAGUCCAGAUUCUUGAUCGCCAGAUUCGCAAGUUGAGAACCAAGGAGGUUGCAUCAGUCAAAGUCUUGUGGCGAACUAAGUUUGUUAAGCAGGCUAUAUGGGAGGCCGAGGAAGAUAUGAAGAAGAGAUACCUUCAUCUCCUUUCUUCCGAGUUAGUUCCAGUCCAAGGUAUGAUCUUCUUUCUAAUUCAUCAUUAUGCAUUUCAUAUCAUGCCUCCUCGUAAAGCUUACGCAAGGAAUGCUAAUGCCUGCAAAGCUAACACAGUUCCUCCAGUUCCAUACCAUGAGGUUUCAAAUGCAGAGUUUCAGAAUAUUAUCCAGCUUUUGGCUCAGAGUGUGACCAAUUAG